GCAGCAACCAAGUAAUCAGGAAGCCGAUACCGUGAGAGAGGGAUUUUCCUUUGCGUUCAAAACAUUGAUGUCGACGCUUAACGGCAUGUCGAUUUUUAAAUUGUGAGCAAGGAGUGCAGCAAAACCGAUCAUUUCAAAGACUUUCGUUUAUAUAGAAGCAGCUUUUAUGCCACUCAAUGGAAAUGGGACAGUUCAUGUAAAGGUACGUUGACGGAUGGCAGCAAUGGGUUUGGUUUUCGACUGCAAAAAGAUAUUUACACCAUACAUUUGUUACAAAGAGAAAACUUCAGAAAUUGGCUAAUAUUCUUGAGAACAAUAUACCAGAUUGGAAGACAUUGAAAAGAUGGCUAGUCAACGAAGACCAAAAGGUAAAACUAUACCUGGGAUAGAAGAAAGCUUUCUAGGUACCAAAACAUCCAGUAAUCUUUCUCGUAAAGGAAGGACUUCAAAACUAGUUAAACGCAAAUCACAAGAUGUCAUAACUUCAAGCGAGAAGGAACGGAAGUCUCUAAGAAUCAAGAAGCGAGCUUCCUCAGAUCCUGUUUUGCCUGCUCAGAGCCGUGAUGAUAACUUGCUGCACAAUUCUGCUAAUUUGAAAAUUGAAGCUUUUGACUUCUUCCAUCAUAUGCUUAAUCGAUGCUGCGGAUCACAGAUGUUUAAUGUUUCUGGUACAGCAUCAAUAUUGAAGCAGUUCACACCUGAUAUCAUGAAAACAGUUAUUUAUGUUAUUGCUGAAAAUAGCAAGAGAGUCCCUCUGGAACAAGCAAAUAUGAAUUCGCAAGGCCAAAACGAUGAAGUACAUGAUAUGGAAAUUUCAAAUAUAACGACAAAAGCGAAACUCAAAAGAGUUGAUGGAAAAUGGCAACCAGUGCCCGAGUUGGUGCAGCCAAGGUUGACUUCUCCUGGUAGUAAUUCAUGUAGCCCUGUGUCUGCAGCCGUGCAGGCGCUUAUGAGCUUUGCGAGGAAUGAAAAGUCGAGGAAUAAUCAAGCAGAAGAGAUUGAAGUCAAGGGGACUUUUGAGGACUCAAGUACAGAAAUUCAUGCUCCACAAGAAUCAGAACUUCAAAAGCCUGGGAAUUUAAACGAAUUUGAAUCAGGCUCGCUUGCUGCAGUUUCAAGCAGCCCUUUUCUGCAACCAGCAUCAAGCUCUUUGAUGUUACACGCUGAAGUAACCAAGUCACAGUCAGCUUCAGAUAUUUUGUCUAGAAAAUCGGGAAAAGAAUUGAAUUCGUCUGCUCCUGUCCUUCAGAGAGUAAGCACCGCGUUUGCCAGGCCAACAUCCCCUUCAUUCCCUUGGAUGAAGUUACCCAGUAAAAACGAGACUCUGGAAAGAGGGAAUUCAAGGAGAAAGGCAGACAGACACCUCCCUAGCAUAUCUUCCAUUUUAGCGCCAAUCGGUUCCAGUUACUCUGACCUGAACUUUCAAGGAAUUCAAAUGCCUGGAAUUGCACAGGCGUUUGGGCAAGCAAAGAGUACAUCUGCCAGCAUUGAGACGUACACUUGUGAUGAUUCAAAAGCCGCUAUCAAACAACUUCCUUCACCAGUUGGUGUCAUAGUUCCAGGAACUUUGGCAAGCAGAGGUGGUUCUAGGAAAUCCCAAGGCUCGACGGAGUCCAAGAGUUCAUUGCAUAGACCAGCAAAAACUAAUAAAAGGUCUGCCCGAAUUGCAAUUUCAGCAACGUCACGCAUUAGCGACACUGGUGAAGCGGAUAAUGGCAAUCAAGCUAGCUCAAAAGUUGUUUUCAGAAAGAUUCUUCCUAAGCCAAACGAAAAAAACGUUUCCAUUGUUUCUGGAGCGAAGCAAGUAGCCGAACUUGCGUCGCCAAACGCUGUCAAAAGCGUACUUUUAGACCAAUCAUUGGAGAAGAACGAGGUAUUAUUAAACAGGAAUGUUAAAACUGAUUCUGAAACGACUCAGUCAUCAACAGGGUCGUUCAACUUGCAAGAAAACACGAAUUCAAGCAUUGUCAAAAGAGUUUCAAAUCCAGAUACCCUUAAUGCCGAAGAGGCCAUACAGUCUCUAGUUACAUCAGAUUCAAUGUCUGCUAUUGAGCCAGAAGAAAAGCGGGCAUGUCAUUUAUCACAACCCUUAGUUAGUGUUAUAAGUAAUAUAAGAGAACAGGGUUUUGUGAUAAAGGGACUGCCAUCUGAGCAAGGUACUAGUCAAAGUGCAGUAAGGCCUAAGAAAACUGGCAACUCCAACUCCGGGAAACUCGAGGUGGCAUCAGCGCUGCUGAGCAUGGGGUCUUCUGAAAAUGAGACUAAGAAAUCCGGGAAGGUCGUCUCCUCGUUUAACAGGGAAAAGGCGACGUUUGAUAUCAAAGAAAGCGCUAGUGCCCAGCGUGGGGAUAUACUAUUCACAAAGACCGGAACAUUUCAAAUAGAAGAUAUUGAGAUUGACCCGAAAAAGAACAAAAUCGAAAAAGAUAGCUACGAAUGUGGCAAGUGCGGGCGUGUUUUCACUUCUUUGGUUUAUCUUGCCCGCCACAUAAAACGUGUAUGCCCUGACAUGACGCUACGGAAGUGGAAAUGUGACCGUUGCGAAAAGGCAUUUCGUCAUCCGUUUGGUUUACAGCAGCAUGUUUAUACACACACUGGGGAACGCCCAUUCAAAUGUGAUCAGUGCGCUAAAGCGUUUUACAGCGCCAAUGACCUGCGCAGGCAUACAAGGACGCAUUCAGGUGAACGUCCUUAUACAUGCUCACAUUGUAACAAGUGUUUUUCAACAACUAUAUCUUUGAAAACGCACACAUACAUUCAUACUGGUGAACGUCCACAUAAAUGUCCAUAUUGUCCAAAGACUUUUGCCACAUCAAGCAAACUAAGUCGGCAUGUUGUGACCCAUUCAGAUCGAAGGCCAUAUGCAUGUGAUAUUUGCACAAAAACCUUCAAUCGAUCAGGUGAUCUUCGUAGGCAUUACAACAAAGUGCAUAAUUUAAAGCAUGACUUAUUGAGCUGCGACCAGUGCAACAAAUUAUUUGCCACACAGAAGUGUCUGCAGAAUCACAAAGAAACUCACAACCGAAAUCUCAAGGUUACACCAGAAAACAUUACAGAGUCAGCUGACGGAGUGAAAUUUAGCAAGCUCAUUCCUGAGAACUAUGUUUUAAAAGCAGAUGUUGAUGAGUAGCUUAGACUAAAUAUCAAGUUUUUGUAAAGUGGAAGAUGAUGUUUGACAAUAUUGCAGAAGUUAAUAUGGCCAUCCCUUGAAUAUAAGUGCAAGCUAUAGUUAAUCAGGACCUAUAAGCCACUUUGUUUAUUAUAUGUGAAUAUCUAAAAAUUUCUGAAAAAAUGUGAACAAAUUUUCAGGGAAUUGAUAAACCCAACUGGUUGUAUGUGUAUACUUUUUAUAGGUCAAGCAUUCUCUAGUGCUAUAGGAUUUGGUAUGGUAUGUAAAAGCUCUGGGAUUUCUUUCAGAUUUUUUUCCUGGGUGAGUACACUUUAACCUUAAAAAGAAAAUGCAGUGUAUACUUUAAUCUAAUCUGACACUGUCAUCAGAAUACAAUGUUAGUUGUUGCAAUAUUACCAGAUAUUGUCUGCAGGUUGUAUAUAACAGUUUGUGGAAAAUGACAAAGUCAUUGUAAAUAUAAAUUUAUGUAGUUUUUAGUGUAGAUAUUGUGUUUUUGUAAUCAGGAUCAUAAUCCACGCUGGUGAUUCAAAUUACGUAAAAUAUUUUUUUCAAUCAUUUAGUCAUAUUUUACAGUAUUUGCUACAUGAGUCUUUGUAUUGUUAGCAUGUGUUUCUAUGCUAGUAAAAAGUAAUUUUUACAGUAGUAUCUUAUAAAAUGUGAUUCUUGGAACCAGAAAAUCAUUUUAGACUUUAAACAACUAAUUUUAGAAGGUAAAGAAACGUCUUGCUUGUCUUUUCUUUGGCAUUUUUUAGCCUGAAUUUUUAGUGCUUUAGCAGUCUUAAUUUGAGUAUUAUGUAAAUUAUUGAAGACUACACAUUCUUCAAGUAGCAUAUUUUUUUAGCCAAUACAAAAGCACUUUAAUGGCUGUAACUAACCAUGUGAUCAUCUUUAUAGAGAUCUAUUUAUGAUUUGUUUAUUGAUGUAUUUAAAUUUUGUAAACACUGUGUAAGAAAGUGAUUAACUGUAGUAUGCACCUUAAAAAGGUUUUAGUUAUAGGUUAUUGAUUGUUGUGACUGUAA